CCCCCUCCUCCCCCAGCGCCGCCGCCCUAGCUUCCGCUUCCGGAUUCGGAAACAACCACUUCCGGCUCGGCGCCGUCUCUUCGCGCGGCUUGGGUCGCGUCCGGCGCGGCCCGGGGGCGCCGUAGCCGAAAUGGGGCGCUCGUCGAAGGACAAGCGGGACAUCUAUUACCGCCUGGCGAAGGAGGAGGGCUGGCGGGCCCGCAGCGCUUUCAAACUCCUGCAACUGGACGAGGAGUUCCAGCUGUUUGAGGGGGUGCGCCGAGCGGUGGAUCUCUGCGCUGCCCCGGCCUGGAGCCAGGUUCUGAGCAGGAAGCUGAAGGGCGGUGCUGGGGAGGGCCCUGAGUCCGUGAAGAUCGUCGCAGUUGAUCUCCAGGCCAUGGCUCCGCUCCCGGGGGUCGUCCAGAUCCAGGGGGACAUCACCAAGGUCUCCACGGCGCAGGAGAUCAUCCAGCACUUCGAAGGGCAGCCGGCUGACCUGGUGGUCUGCGAUGGGGCCCCCGACGUGACCGGCCUUCAUGAUAUCGACGAAUACAUCCAAGCGCAGCUGCUGCUAGCGGCUCUGAACAUCACAACCCACGUCCUAAAUAAAGGAGGCACCUUUGUAGCCAAGAUCUUCCGGGGAAAGGACGUGACGCUUCUCUACUCCCAGCUCCGCAUCUUCUUUCCUGAUGUCACCUGCGCCAAACCCCGGAGCAGCCGAAACUCCAGCAUCGAGGCCUUCGUUGUCUGCCGGGGGUACUGCCCGCCCGAGGGCUACGUGCCCAAUAUGUCCAACCCCCUGCUGGACCAUUGCUACGAUUGGAUUUUUUCUAAAAGAUCGACUCUAGGAAUAUUUCGGGAAUUUUGGCCUGGGCGAUAUAAUAAAUUUACAACUUAUUUAAGGAAAAUCUCUACUAACAUUCUCAAGCAGUAUUUCUUACCUGCCUAUCUGAUUUGCUUAUUAUCGCAUGAAAUAUUUUUUCAUCUGUUGGUGGGCUGUUUGGUAAAAUCAACAGAGCGGGAGCGAUCUAACUCGUUUUGA